GAUUACAGAAUUUGUCUAACCUCAAAUCUCAAAUUAUGAUUUCAUCAUAAAAUUUGUCAUUCAAGAAUGAGAGUAUCCUGUAUUUUUGAAUCAAAUAUUUAUGUUUAACAAACAAUUUUUAUUAUCUUUCCAGUCUCCCUACCAGAAUAAUGAAUGUUUAUUGGUUUAGUUAAUUUAGAUAAACAUAAGGAAUAAUCUGGCAGUUUUAAUUGUGUUUUUAUUCGACAACUUAAAUCAAAUAACCUCUAAAAAACAAUAUUGUUUGCUUUAUAAAAUAAUUGGAUUAUUUUAAUCGUAUUUAGUUUAUUUUUAACUUUAUGUCAUGGAUAAAAUGUCAAAAAAACCUAACCGUGGUGCGAAGUUGAUGAAAAACUUUAUCAGCAAAGUGAAAGCUGGAAAAUUUUCAAGUACUUCUAUCAUAACAAACAGGACAGUAAAUAUAUUGAGAGAAAUCAUUAAAGAAGCAGACUGGAAAAAUGCUCAGCGGCUCUUGGUCAUGAUCAAAACACACGGCAAGAAUCUGGAGGACGCACUUCCAGUGCACGCUUCAGUUGGCAACAUGGUUCGGCGGGUUUUGAAGAUAAUCAGGGAGGAGUAUACAGCAGCGCGUAAGAACAAACAAGAUGAGCUUGAUCCACAAGAUUCGUUGCACAAAAUAGUCACAAGCGAAGGAGAAAUAGAUGAUUAUUCAAUUGUAGUUCCAGAAUUGAAAGAUGCGAUUCUUGAUCAUAUCAGCGAAUUCCAAACUGAAUUGGAGACAAGUUCAGAGAACAUCAGAAAUCAAGCGAAAGAACACAUACACUCCAAUGAGAUAAUUCUGACCCUAGGAAGAUCAAAGAUUGUUGAGCAAUUUCUGAAAAAGGCGGCCGAAGAUAGAAAAUUCGAGGUCAUUGUCGUGGAAUGUGCACCAUUCAACAAUGGUAGCGAUAUGGCAGCUAGUCUCUCUGAGAGCAAUAUAGAAACGACGUUGAUUCCGGACUCGGCCGUGUUUGCGAUCAUGUCGCGAGUGAACAAAGUGAUCAUCGGCACGCAGACAGUGAUGGCCAAUGGCGGCCUGAGGGCCAUUUGCGGCAGUCACACCGCCGCCCUUGCUGCCAACCACUGCUCUGUGCCGGUAAUAGUUCUGGCGCCACUGUACAAGUUCAGUCCACAGUUCCUGUGCGCUUACGCGCAUAACACGUUCAACACGUUCGUCUCGCCGGAGGGCGUUCUUGACUACAAGGAUGGCGAUCUCAUGUCGCUAGUGCACGUCUACAAUCCAGUCUUCGAUUAUGUGCCUCCAGAACUUGUCACACUGUUCAUAUCAAAUACUGGCGGGCACGCUCCAUCGUACGUCUAUCGAUUGCUGAGUGAAUUGUACCACCCAGAUGACUAUUCUUUGUAAUUCUUUAUUAAUUUGUGCGUUGUAAAAUUUGAAAUGGAUGGAAUAUAUUUAUAGUAUAUUUUU